AUGAACCGCAAUCCUGCCAGCUAUAAGCGGCUGAUUGUGCUCUGCGAUGGCACAUGGCAGAGCAUUUUGAACGUCAACACGCCCAGCCACCCCAGCAACGUUGCGCGGUUUGCUCGUGCCAUCAGCCCGGUGGCCAUUGUCGACGGCAAAGAGGUCGAGCAGAUCAUUUACUACCAACCGGGCGUGGGGACGGGGCUGGGUGAUCAGAUCCGUGGCGGCGUCUACGGCGCCGGCCUGUCCGCCAACAUCCGUGCAGCGUACGCCUUCCUGGCGCACAACUACGACUCGAACGGCCCGGACCCGACCAUCAAGGGCGACGAGAUCUUCUUCUUCGGCUUCUCGCGGGGCGCGUACACGGCGCGCUCGAUCGCCGGGCUGGUGACCAAGCUGGGCCUGCUCACGAAGCGCGGCAUGGACUGGUUCCCGCAGGUCUACGACGAGUACUACGCCGAUGCGGGCAAGAAGCCAGACUUUCACUUUUCGGACACCCUCAAAGCGCGCAUCGGCUCGGAUAUCACGGAAAAGGCCAAGUACGCGAUCAAGGUCGUCGGCGUGUGGGACACGGUCGAGUUCCACGGCGAAGGCUGGGGCGGCGAGCAGAUCGAGUUCCACAACGCCGAACUCUCCACGAAAGUCGAGUACGCGUACCACGCGCUGUCGCUCGACGAGCGGCGCAGCCUCUACAAACCCACGCUGUGGCAGUGGCCGCGCGACCCAAGCGACCGGUCCAAGGCCUACACGCCGAAAUCCCGCGUGGGGCUUCAGGCCAUGAAGCAGGCCUGGUUCUCCGGUGUGCACAGCGACAUUGGCGGCGGGCGGUAUGAUCCGGGGGGAUCGGACAUUACGCUCGCGUGGAUGCUCGCGCAGUGCGCCAAGGACAAGAAGCUGGCGUUUAUCGACGAGGACUCGUCGGACUCGUACCUGUUGGAGGACGGGGCCAAAGGCGUGCCGAACCCGAACAAGACGUGGAUGCGGCUGAAGAAGCCGUUCGACCCGGAGCCCAAGGAGGGUGGAGGCCUCUUCGACACGCUCAAGACAGGCGUGCAGGAGAUCCUCAUGGACGACCGGCGCGCGUGGCCUGUCGAGAACACCAACGAGAAGAUCCACCGGUCGAUCCGCGAUCGGGACUUUGGCAAGUUCCCGUGCGGUAUGCUCGAUGGAAAGAGCGAGGUGGUCCCAGGGAAGAGCGACAAGAAGCAGUGGAAUCUGAAAAAGGGUGCGAAGUGGGGAGGCAAGCAAUAUAAUAGCUUGCCCGAGUUGGAUGACGACCCGGACGCCGAUGCCAUUGAGGAUAAGUACCGGGGGAGGAUUCGCGCGGUGCCGGGCUCCAAGGGGGGGCCCUCGUCGAAGUUGUAG